UUCUCACAUCUCCAACCACACAGUCUCCACUAUCUCAGAGCUCACUAUCUAUCUAUCUAUCAGAGACAACAAGCUCCUAAAAAGAAAAAAAAAAACAUAUUCUCCGAUGGCUAAGGACGUAGAAGUUGCAGAGAAUCCAGGAGAAUUCUCGGCCAAAGACUACCAUGAUCCUCCACCUGCGCCUUUGAUCGAUAUAGAGGAACUGGGUCAAUGGUCUUUGUACAGAGCUCUUAUUGCAGAGUUCAUUGCAACCCUGCUCUUCCUUUACAUCACUGUGUUGACAGUCAUCGGAUAUAAGAGCCAGACUGAUCCUGCUAAGAAUUCUGAUGCUUGUGGCGGUGUUGGUAUUCUCGGUAUUGCAUGGGCCUUCGGCGGCAUGAUCUUCAUUCUUGUUUACUGCACCGCCGGUAUCUCUGGAGGACACAUUAACCCAGCUGUAACCUUGGGGCUGUUCUUGGGACGCAAGGUGUCACUAAUACGGGCACUUUUGUACAUGGUAGCACAGUGCUUGGGUGCAAUCUGUGGGUGUGGUUUGGUGAAGGCCUUCCAAAAAGCUUACUACAACAGGUAUGGAGGUGGGGCCAAUGAACUCUCUUCUGGCUACAGCAAGGGCACUGGUUUAGGUGCUGAGAUUAUUGGUACCUUUGUUCUUGUCUACACUGUCUUCUCUGCCACUGAUCCUAAGAGAAAUGCAAGAGACUCCCAUGUCCCUGUGUUGGCACCUCUCCCCAUUGGAUUUGCUGUGUUCAUGGUUCAUCUUGCCACUAUUCCAAUCACUGGCACUGGCAUCAACCCAGCUAGGAGUUUUGGAGCUGCUGUUAUCUACAAUGAAGACAAGGCCUGGGAUGAUCAUUGGAUCUUCUGGGUUGGACCUUUCAUUGGAGCUGCUAUUGCUGCUUUCUACCACCAAUACAUUCUUAGAGCAGCAGCAAUUAAGGCUCUAGGAUCCUUCAGGAGCAAUGCUUAGUUAAUUAAUUAAGCUUCUUUUUUUUUUUUUCAAUUUAGUUGAUAAUUUGAAGAAAAUGGUGGUGGUGGUGAUGAUGAUGAUGCUCAAGAACAAUAACAAUGGAUGGUGAUGGAUGCAUACCAUAUUUCUCUCCUUUACUCUUUCAAGGGUUUUGAGGGUGAAAUUUGGAAAAAGCCCAUUUGAAUUGUAAAUAAUAAAUUAUGGUCAAGUGUGUCUUUUCUAUCCCUUUUGCUUUUGUUACGUUUUGUAUUUCAAGUCAUGUCCCUUGUGUUUAUCCAUUGAGCCUUAUCUUA